CUCAGUCACGGACGAGCCGCUGAACAGAUGAUUCUGAAUCUUCAAGGGCACUAAUUCGCGAUUUGGGAUACGGCCCUGUGCGCGAGCCGUCAAUCAGGAAUGGAACCAUCAAGUUCGGUUGACGUGUUUUCUGACUCCGCCUCCUUUUAAAGCCCAGUCCGAGCGAUGGAGUCGCAGUCAGGCGUCUUAGAGUGAUCUCAAACUUCGCUGGGACUUCAACCGAAUUUAGGAAUCAUUUUAGAUAUCUUUUUUGUUAACGAUAGGAACACUUUGAGUUAUCAAGCUAACAGCUAACAAGCUAACGUGCUAACAGCUAACGACCGCGCCGUCAUGUCUACUGCAGGGGACUUUGGGAACCCGCUGAGAAAAUUCAAACUGGUGUUUCUUGGGGAGCAAAGCGUUGGAAAGACUUCGCUCAUCACCAGAUUCAUGUAUGACAGCUUCGAUAACACGUACCAGGCCACGAUAGGAAUUGAUUUCUUGUCCAAAACGAUGUACCUCGAGGACCGAACAGUGCGCCUGCAGCUUUGGGACACGGCCGGGCAGGAGCGUUUCCGAAGUCUCAUCCCCAGCUACAUCCGCGACUCCACUGUCGCCGUGGUAGUCUAUGACAUCACAAAUGUCAACUCCUUCCAGCAGACCACCAAAUGGAUCGAUGACGUCAGGACAGAGAGAGGAAGCGACGUCAUUAUCAUGCUGGUCGGGAACAAGACGGAUCUUGCAGACAAGAGGCAAGUAUCUAUCGAAGAGGGCGAGAGGAAAGCCAAAGAGCUGAACGUAAUGUUUAUCGAGACGAGCGCUAAAGCCGGCUACAACGUCAAGCAGCUUUUCCGGCGUGUGGCUGCAGCCCUGCCUGGUAUGGAGAGCACACAGGACAAGAGCAGAGAAGACAUGAUCGACGUGACGCUGCAGAGUCCUCCGGAACAGCCUGUGAGCGAGAGCGGAUGCUCCUGUUAAACCUUAUUCUCUUUCUCUUUCUCUCUCUCUCUCUCUCUCUCUCUCUCUAUUUCUCUCAUUUCCCCCAGUUCCAUCCUUGAACCUGAAGAACACUACUUUGUCCAUCCAUCCGCCCCUCCAUCCGUCCCCCUCAUCCCUCCAUCCCCCUCCCGGCACAGUGCUUUCCGCUGACUCAGUCAUGACCUUAAGCCCACCAAGCACAACGUGGACGUGAAACGCAUCCCAUGUCAUUUUUCCGUUAGGUUUCUACUCUUUUUCUCCUUUUUUUUUAAUAGUAAUUAUUUUAUUUAUAGUUUGAAUGGCUAAUUGCGUAUGGAGGCUUGCAUCAUGAGUGCAUUUAAACGAUCUAGAUCGUGUCUAACGUGUGAGCACUGAACAACCGCAUUUCUUUUGAAACGAUCUUGGCAAAAUAGACAAAUACUUUUCGGCCGCUACUGAUCGAGGUAUUGAUCGAAGGGCUAUAUUCACAUCGCGGGCUAAUACCAGUGCUAAAUCUCCUCCAACACAAACUCGUGUUGUUUACAAAUUGUUGACAAUAUCCAAGUCUGUAUAUUGAAAAUGGAUCAAUGUCCUUUAAUGGAUUAUGAGUAAAGUGAACACAGAUUACAGAAGCUCUUAGAAACCUAAAGCAGGUUUUCCUUCUCGACUGUUGGGUGCAUUAACACAUUAUUAGAGAUCCCAGUGUGGUAGCUAUGAAUGAUUUUUUUUGUAUAUUAAUGGAAGUAUAAUAGAGGAAAUUUUGGAUAUAUCAAUAUGCAGGCAUGUCUUUACAGAGUGUAUUUUAUAGGGCUUCCACAGGCUUUUUCUUAUUAUUUUUGUGUUUGAUUUAAUAUAAUAUUGACACUUUAGCUUUCCUCCCUCCCUUUAGAUUUUCUUUUUUUUUUUCUUUUUAGAUUUUUGUGUUUUGUAAUAUUUAUUCCAACUCACACAUUUUAGCGGUUUCCUUAACCCCUCUCGUGGACGGCUGAUUUUAAGCAGCUCAUGAUACAGUGCAAUUUCUUAGAGGUUCCUCGUUUUCUUUUCUUUUUCCCCUCUGAAACUUCACGAUCCAUCAGCUCUGGCUAGUCUGUUGUUUUUUUGUUGUUGUUUUUUUUUUAACGGUUUUUAACUGUGUGCUGCUGUCAUGCUGUGUACAAAAGCUCAUAAUUUGCACUGCUAGACUACAUGAGUCUCCUAUUGAUGUCCCUAAUAAAGACCUUUAUUUAGUAA